AUGCUGUCUUCCUUCUUAUCUUGCUGGUUACCUGGUUGCACUCCGCCUCCCCCUCCACAGCAACUCCGCCGCUGGCAGCUGGUUAGGCUCCCCAUACACAGCAGCUCACGCCCAAAGCUGUCCCCAGGGCAGGAGGAGGCGGCCCCCUUCCGCACGGGCUCUUUGUUGGAGCAGCCAGGCUCGCGCAGCGGCGCCGUUUCCGAAGAUGAGGGGUUUGUUGCUGUUCCGGAACGCCUCACCAGCUCUUUCUCCCUCUUCUUAAUAAACCUCAAAUGGCAUCGAACAAUCAUCAACACCAUCUCCCAGGCCGAACUUCUCGCCCUCUGCCGCCUUGCAAAGGCUCGAUCGACCAUUCGGUGCACAGAGCAACUGGGGCCCCUCUCUGCCGCUCCUCCAUCAAAGGGAGUACUCAUGCAGCAAGAAUGGAGAGGACCAUGCUCUACUGACAGUGGGGCCCACUGCGCUGGUGACAGGGAGACGCCUUGCUCUGCUGACGGGGUUUCUGCGAGCCCUUCUCAUGCCUGGAGGGACCCCCAGUCCGAAAGGCCCGUCACUGCCUCCGGUAUCCCUCUCAUCCGGAUUGUAGGGAGGAGGAAGCUUCGAGUUGACCCCAUAGAUGUCUGUGGUUUGCUGGUGUCUGGCUGUCUCCAGCUGGCGGACUUGCCACUACUUGAGGAUUUAGAGGCAGUGGCAGAGGAAACAGAGGCAGCCCACGAGAAGGAAAAUAAAUGCUGGAAGUGGGCGCCUCUACUGGGGAUGGGUCGCAGGCGCGGGGACAUCUGGAAGUGUGCAGCAGCGAACCUCCAGCACCAACAACAGCAGAAGCAGCGACAGCAGCAGCGGCAGGGCCCUGUGCGCCGCCGCCGCAAUAAGCGCUUCGCAUCGGAAGGUCUGUCUUCUUCACUUACUGUGCUACAAUCACCCAGGAGUACUGCUGCUGCAAACGACCUCAACGUAAAGACGCCACCACCACCAGCAGAAGGUGCAUCAGCAGAAGGAACAGCAGCAGAUCGCCCCUUCUCGUCUACGGGUGCGCAGCUCGGUUUCUGCGGCCACCCUGCAUGUACCGCUGAGGUCUCAGGAAGGGCCCCCUCCGGGGAUCCUCUAAAGAUACAUUUUCCUUGUGGCAGAAAGGGAGCCACCCGCAUUCCUCUGGGGGUCCCCGAUACCCCUUCGGCUCUUGUCUGUUCGGAGGAUGGGGGAGAGGAGGCAGAGAUAACAGGGGAGGCAGCAGCAGCAGCAGUGUCGAAUUUGAGCAACAACAGCCUUGCGCUGCUGGGACACUCCUGCCGUUGGCCUCUGGCUGGAGCAUGUGAUGGGUGGGCUUCUCCAAGUUGUACCGCCCAUAUGGGGCUCUGGGAGCAUCUGCCAGGAUCGGAUUCUCCUUCCGCUCCCGUUGGUGCAUAUCCAGGGGACCUACCGUCCCAUUCAGAAGAAGACUGGAAGAGCGCUGUGGGAUUUCGCGAGAGCCGGAGAGGGGGGAGCAUCAGCAGGAAGAGGCGGGAAACGCAACGACAGAGGCAGCGAUUGUCUCCUUUAGACCCUCCCUAUGAUUCGCACGCGCUGCUGUUGCACCCCUUCUCUGCUGCUCCUGCUGCUGCCCUUCCUGACUCGGAGACUGCGCGAGCUCAUGAAGUGCACGAAGUCUCCCUCGACUUCCUCAGCAGAACUAAACCGACUCAGGGAUGCCCCAAAUGUAGCCGCAGACGAGGAAGCAAAGGAGACGCCUCAGAAGGGCCACUCACUGUAAAAGUUCCCCCAUGUCCCCUCCACCAGAGACUGCACUACACACAAGUUGGAAAAGGCCCCGAGAGGGUAGUCCUCAUACACGGCAUUUGCAUGAGCGGGUACUUCUUUGCAGAAGUCAUUCGAGUCCUCUUUCCAGAUACGGGAGAAGGGGGGCUCCCCCGCGGGAACCGACCUGAAGGCCCGGAUGAUGGAGACGAGCGCGGGAGAGGUACUCCGUUGGCUCCCAGUGCAAUGGUCUUCACAAGCCCGCAGACAAGCCCGAAGAGGGAGCGGCUGAUAGAUAGCCAUAUAGCUAGCCCGCCACCUAGCUACACGGCCAGCUAG